AGGUUUCACGGCGUUGUGAGGCGAUCUGCUGUCGAAGACUGGAAAUCAGAUCAUCCUUAGCAACCAGCUCGCGUCGGAGUGCCUCAUUUUCGCGGAUUAACUUCUCCAUUUCUGUUCCACGCAUUUCCUGAGAGACGAGAAGUUGAAGCUUCUCAAGUUGACUUCGUAUAUCGUCGACCUCACUGAGACCAUCUUCGAGAGCUUUACGAUAGGCUAGCGGUGGGCCAGUGAACACCGUGGCGGCACGCGCUGUGGUAGGAGGUGGAACAUUGCCAUUGUCAUAAGUCCGUCGUGGUAGCGAAUCGUCGUCGACGAGCGACCGGUCGAUCGAGAUGAGAGUGGCUUUCUCGGCUUCGAAUUCCAUUCUUCUCACGGCUGAUAGGCAGUCGGACGACUCAGAGUGCGAGAACGUAUCGCCAACGAGCAUGGGCUGGUCCAGAAUUUCAUCGUCGAUAAGUCCUGGGGCUGGUUCGUGUCUUGGCAUUACCGGAGACAUUGCACAUUCCGAUCCUUAA